CUUCUGAAACGUCUCAGAUUCAACCAAUUAGACACCUUUUUAACCCUCCAGAUAAUGAAGAAAAAUUAUAUUCAUUGUUUGAAGAACACGUAGUGUUAUAUACUGAGAUCUGUAUAAGUUGCAUCAAGACAAAAACUUCAGAUAACUAA